UUUUUCUUGGUACGGAGCCAAUCCGAGAGAUGUCGCUAAAAUCGAACUUUGUCGUCAAAUUUUUAUACAGAGUGGCAGAUCUAUCGAGUAUAUAAUCUUUGUAAACGAUCAUAGAUAACUUAGAAAAGAGCUGAUAACUGAGGUAAUUAGUAGAUUUCUGUGGUCUCGGUUAUUUAUUUUAGUAACCCUUAAGAAAUAUGAUCGUGUAGUAAAUAACUGUACCUAUAGUAUAUGGUAUAAUUUUUCUGAAAUAAUUCAAAUGACCAUGGACCAAAAAGUUGUACCAGAAGUAAACUUGCAGCAUGAUUUAUAUUUACAAGAGAUUGAAGGCAUAGAUGACUACUGGGGUCCCACAUUCAGAGCAAUUUUUGAUAACGAAGAACACAUUGAGUUUAAACAAAAACUGAAUGAACGAAUUAAACACCAUGACAAAGAUAUUGAAAGGCUGUGCAAUGUAUAUUAUCAAGGAUUUAUAGAAUCCGUUAAAGAGCUAUUAGAAGUUAAAUCUCAGGCAAACAAGCUGAAUAGCCAGGUUAUAACUUUGGACAAACAAGUUCAUGUUGCUGCAGAAGGGAUAACAAAGUCUGGAUCAGAAUUAUUGCAAGCUAGAAAAGUUCAGAGUAAUAUAGCUGUAGUCAUAGCUCAACUUAAUUUAUGCUUACCUGUUUUAACGAGUUAUUCUAAGUUACAGAAACAGAUUGCAGACAAAAGAUAUUACCCGGCUCUCAAAACACUGGAAGAAUUAGAACAUUUACAUUUGCCCCAUGUUGCAAAUUACAGAUUUUCAAAGCAACUACAAGAGAAUAUUCCAAAAUAUCGAGAGAAAAUUGAAGCUGCUUCGAUGUCUGAUUUGAAAGAUUUUUUAGAAAAUAUAAGAAAAUUUUCUCCUAAAGUUGGAGAAGUGGCAAUCAAACAUACUAGUGAACAAUUAGCAAGUGAUCCUACUGUGGUAGGUAGAAAAAAGAAAAGAAUAGCUCCACAACCACUUGGUCAGUAUUUAGAUGAGGACCGAAGUGCUCAAGAAUUAAUAGACUUUUCACCAAUAUACAGAGGUUUGCACAUUGCCCAUGUACUAGGAAGAUCCUCAACAUUUGAAACAUAUUAUCGAGCAGAAAGAACUAAGCAAGUUAGGUUAGUUCUACAACCACCAACAAAUAUGCAUGAAUCUGAAGCAAGCUACCGCUCCUAUAUCCAUGCAAUUCUUGGUUUCUUUAUCCUUGAAGACCAUGUUCUAAAUACUGGUAGAGGUUUAAUUACAAGAGCGUUUUUAGAUGAAAUGUGGUCCAUGGCAUUAUCCAAAAUUGUUACAGCUCUCCAAACAAAUUCAGCUUAUUGUACUGAUGCUACUUUAAUCCUAAGAAUAAAAGAUUUGAUAAUGUUAUUUUGCACAACUUUGAGAAACUAUGGUUAUUCUGUAAAACCUCUGUGGGAAUUGGUAAGAGAAUUAAGAGAUCAUUAUACAGAAGUAUUGAUGCAGAGAUGGGUCCAGGUGUUUAGAAAAAUUUUAUCAGCAGAAGAUUUUCAACCAAUCAAAGUGGAGAAUCAAGAAGAACUAAAUGAGGUAUUAUUGUCUUUUCCAUGGGAAGGAGAUAUUCCAGAUGAUAUAAAAUAUCCUUACAGUUUUCCUUUUUCAAGAAUGGUACCAAAAAUUUACAGAGAAGUUAAAGAAUUCAUAUAUGCUUGCGUAAAAUUUUCAGAAGAUCUGAAUCUUAGUCAAGUAGAAGUUGACGAAAUGAUAAGGAAAUCAAUGAAUUUACUCCUUACUAGAACGUUCAAUGGAUGUCUCUCAUCAACAUUUAGAAGUCCUCAUGUUAACUUACAAGAAAUUAUUCAAAUUAUUGUUGAUACGGGUUAUUUAGAAGAAGCAAAUAUCUACCUAGAUGAAUUCAUUUCAAAUAUAACAGGAGAGGAGUCACGAGGUGCAAAUUUUGGUCUUGUACAUGGACAAUCCGCUCUUUUUUCAGUAUCCCGGGAGGAAGCCGUGAGACAAAUUUGCGAAAAAUUGAAGCAAAAGUUGGACGAAUUUAUAGAAUUGGAAAAUUACGAUUGGCUGUUAGUAGAACCUAAAGGACACGCUUCCAGUUAUAUAUCUGAUAUUAUAGCAUUUCUUCAAACUACAUUCCAAAGUUUUACAAAUAUACCUUUAGAAGCCGCCCAAAUUGCUUGCAAAUCUGCAUGUGAUCAUAUAGCAAAAUCUUUAUUUGCAAUGCUUAUGAAUGAAGAAAUUAAACAAAUCUCUAUGGGAGCCCUUAACCAACUCAAUUUAGAUUUACUACAAUGUGAACAAUUUGCAGCUUCUGAACCAGUGAAAGAUUUACCAGAAGGAGCAUUGCUUUCAUAUUUUGAGAGUCUUAGAGAAAUUUUAGAUUUAUUCAUAUCAUGGGAUUGGCCUACAUAUUUCCAUGAUUAUGCACAAGACACUAGUAAAUACUCUAAAGUAAAUCCUGAUAUUGCGAUAGUACUCUUAGAAAAAUUAAGAGAAGGUGACAAGAAAACUAUGUUUACGGUACUGAAAAAAAGUGAGAGAGAUAAAAAGAAACUUCUUGAUACAGUUCUCAAACAGUUAAGACAACUGUCCCAAAUACCGCCAGGAAAAUAAUAUAUUGCAUAAUAAUCUUUAUUUUCAGUAAAUAUUUUUAUUCUAUACAGAUAUUAUUUAAAAACUUGUUAAUGGUUCAAAAAUAAAUUGUUUUAUAAAAGAAA